CGGAACACCUGCAUUUCUGUUCAGCGGUCUGAGUUCAAAAUAUAGACUUGAAACCAAAUAAUUUUCAGAGAGAUGGAUGACUGUCAGGCACCUGAGCAUCUGUUGACAUUUUUUAAGGAGCUGAAGAUGGUGUUCGACGUUUGUGACGAAGACGCGGACGGUUUUAUACGCACAGAAGACUUUGUGCAACUCGGCUCUGCGUUUGGGACUGGAGAGGAGGUGAAGAUAUUGGCCAAGUGUAUGGAACCCAACAAUAAUGGAAGUAUCAGCUUCAGAGAGUUUGUUUCUGGUGUUCUUACCAUAAAAGGUAAUUUCUGGGGACCAGGACUGGAGCCCGAGCUGGAGUUCAUCUCACAGUCAUGUGGAACAGAUGUAAGUAGACAUGAGGGUAAUGAGAACCAGCAGGAUUGCCUGGUCGUCAUGUGCACUCGAGCCUAUCCUGACCUUAUCCCCGAGUGCCAGCUGUUCCCAGAAGAAGUGGAGGGGCCAGAGGUUGACGUGGCAGACGAAGGCAGGGAGAGGGAAUCGGACAGAGAUAGUGCGGUGGGCAGCACCCAGGGAUCAGACUCUUCAGAUACCCUGAUCAGACCAGCAGACAAGGAGGACACACUGGGGGAUCUUUUUUUCUCAGGGGAGAAGUGUGGACAGACAAACGUCUCAGUAAUCUCCGACCUGUCAACACGUUCCUCGGCGUCUUUGAAUGAGGAGCAGUUUGAGGACUAUGGAGAGGGGGAGGAGCCAGACUAUACUCUCAGCAGCCCCUGUUUAGAUGAUGAGACUCAAACUCACGUCUACUCUGAUCUAGGUUCAUCUGUUCCCUCAAGUGCAGGCCAAACUCCCCGUAGAGUCCGCCAACAUUGUAGCGGUGAGGCGAUGGAUGUCUUCUGCUCUCAGUGCAGUAAAAAGGUCAACCUACUGCAGGACCUGGAAGCUCGCCUCAAAACUGUAAAGGCUAACAGCCCCAGCAGAAAAAUCUCCAGCACCGCCUUUGGAAGACAACUGCUGAACAACAGCAACCUGAGCAGCAGUAAUGGAAGUACAGAGGACCUUUUCCGAGACAGUAUUGAAUCCUGUGACAUCAACAUCAACGAGAAAGUGAGUUUUCUGGAGAAGAAGGUAGCAGAGCUGGAGAGCGAGAUUGUGAAAAAUGUUGAAGUCAAGUCCAGGUUGAAGCAGGACAACAUGCAGCUUGUACACAGGGUUCACGAGCUGGAGGAGCAACUGAAAGACCAGGAAACUCGAGCAGAGCAAAAUCUGCACGAGGAGUUGAGACGUCACCGAGAUGCCUACAGCAAGAUGGAACGAGACAUGAACACACAGACGGAGCUGCUCAACACCAGAGUGAAGCAGCUGGAGGAGGAGAACAGUGAGAUGUCUCUGGACAUGUGUCGGCUAAAGUCACAGACAGACAAACUGGACAAAGAGAAGCAAAGAAUGACAGACAAGCUGGAGGACACCAGUCUGCGCCUCAGGGACGAGAUGGAUCUUUACAGGAAAAUGAUGGAGAAACUGAAAGAGAACAGACUUCAGUUCCAGAAGGAGAAGGAGGCCAUGCAGGAGGUGAUAGAAGACUUGCGACGAGAACUGGAGCACCUUCAGAUGUUAAAGCUGGAAGGAGAAAGACCUGGUCGCAGCCGCACGUCCUCCACCAGCAUGGCAGACUUUAACAGCAGGAGCAGAGAGAUGGAGCUGGAACAUGAGGUCAAAAGGCUGAAGCAGCGAUUUAUGUCCCAGGACUUUCAGGCCUCUGAAUUCCAGCAGCCAGUGUUGUUUGGGGCCUGGCUCCACUCUGAUCAGAUGGAGAACCAAAGGCUAAGGGAGCAGAAUGAUGAGCUCAACGGUCAGAUCCUCAGUCUGAGUCUAUAUGAAGCUAAGAACCUGUUUGCCACACAGACCAAGGCCCAGUCUUUGGCUGCAGAAAUAGAAAAUGCCUCCAGAGACCAGAUAAUGGAAGCCCUGAAGGAACAGGAGGACAUCAACCUGCGUCUACGGCAGUAUAUGGACAAAAUCAUCUUGUCCAUCUUGGACAACAACCCCUCCCUCCUCGAGAUAAAAUAUUAGCAUUAUUAGCAUUGAAUCAACGUUUACUCUGGAGAAUCCGUGCAGUUGCUUAAUCAAAGGCUGUGUCUUUGACCAGGAGUUGGAAAUGUAAGGCAGGGAAAGGCACCGGGCGGGUCAAAGACCUGUACUGGUAUGUAGAUACAGUAUCCUUUGCCCCCUGCUGUUUGUGGCAGGAAAACUACUUGCAUACAACAAUGUAGGAGGACUACGGUGUGGUGCGAAAUGUAUCAGGCUUCUUCGGGAACUAUGUUUACUGUUACAACCUUGAUUUUGUGGGACAGAACUGGAAAAUCCUGCGUCAAAUGCUCUGUGAGAAUCAGUAAGAGUCGUCACUGUAUGUCUUACACUGGAAAUAAUGUAACCUGGGGAAAAAUAACCCAGCUGUAAAUCCUAACAUCUACUGCUGAAACAGCGAAUUUCAGCCAGACCAUUUGGUACAGUGAAAAAAGUCAACAGCCCAGGUAAGUCAGACAUCAGUAUGAGUUGGCUCUCAUCUGCUGUCCUUCAGCCAGCUGUUCACCUGCAGUACAUACAUUUACUUGAAUGAGCAGAAAAGUGAGGAUUGAGGCAGAAGUGGUUUGAAUAAAAUAUGUCAGAUUUACUUGUUAUGGGUUGAAGACACUGUGUGUAAGUAAAUAUGGAGUGUAAUGGGAGGUGAUAAAAGACAGAGGCUGUUAAAGGAUGAUUUUAGGUGAAGAAUUGUGGUUUUACCUAACUUGAUAAUGUGUCUUCCAGGAACUUCAACACACAAACUGCACUUGUAAAAUUCUUUUCACCAUGACGUAAGCAAUAGAUGAUUUAAUAAUGUCUGCUGCUUAUUGGCAAAGUCUAAGUCGAAAAGGAUUCCAUGCUGCUGUUAUGGGUCUAAUGAUGUUGCACUGAAAUGUGGUGAAGUGACUGCAGUGUGUGUACGAUGGUUCUGCUGUAAAGUCAGCAGGUGCUACUGCUAGAGUUGAAAAUAAUGAUCCCCUAAAAUGGACUGUUUUUGAUGCAGAAGACUAAUUGAACAAUCUCACAGGUUGUAUAUUGUAGUGAAUACAGCACAUGACCUCAUGGAACUCUAAUACUAUAACAGUACAACUCGAUGUACCACUUUUUGUGUGGUCAGUAGGAUUUUUGAAUUCGAGUAUAACUUGAUAACACAUGGUUUAACAAAUGUGGUCAGUAUGCUGUGUUGACCCAAGGAGGUCUUAAUGUGGGAAAUUGGUCACGGUCUGCUGAGUGAAUAUUCAAAUUGAUCAAGCUGAGAUUUUCUUCCUUGCACAGAAACCAUUGUCUCAGUUUGCCUUCUUAAUGACAGUGAUAAUGUAGAGCUAAUGGAGGAACACUCACUGUUAAUGUCUGGCAUAAUUGUAAAUGCUGUAAUUAUAUAGUGAUCAUUUGUAUUCCUGUGUCACUCAACGGUUCUUUUUCUUUGAUGUGAUAAGAUUUUAUACAGAUUUAUCAAAAAAUAAAUAAAUACACGUCUUAUUGGAAGGGCAGUGUAGCACAAAGACUCUGUAGGCUAAACAAUUUUGGGAAUAUUUUUAUUAUUAUUAUUUUUUUUUUAUAAAUGAGCUGCACGGGAGGUUCUACAUUGUUAUUGUUAGUCACAAAAAGUCCAUGAAUUUUCAAUUUGCUUAAAUUGUCUUUUUUUUAAUGAUUGUAAGUUGUCUUCCCACAGCUUCACUGAAUGGUUCGGCAAAAUUGACUUAUGUUCUGCCUUCACAACUAAUGACUUGUCUUCUAUUUUGUCUGAGAAUAAUUUUCAUUUGGUGACUGCUUGUGCCAACGGAGAAACAACGUAAUUGAUACUGAGUGAACUAGUACUUACCCUUUCGAAUGUAAUGACUUAAAAUGGCAAUAAAAAGAUUUUGACAGUUCAUGUGUCCCAUG